ACAACAACGACGCGCGUCGCUUGUAAAAAAAAAGUAUUUGUGUUGUUUGUGUCAUAAAAGUGAAAGAAGAGGGCAAAUGGAUGCUACAUCGGUAACUGAUGCUACGGAGGCAAUGGAUGCGGGCAAGCUGGAGAUGUUCCGUCAGCUAAAUUUGUUGGAGCAACAUCGUGUGGAGAGUUUUAAAGACUGGCCCUUCCCCGAGCAGUCAUCCUGCAGUAUAUCCAAGAUGGCCGAGGCGGGCUUCUAUUGGACGGGCACAAAGCGGGAGAAUGACACGGCUACAUGCUUCGUGUGCAGCAAAACCCUGGAUGGCUGGGAGUCCGAGGACGAUCCCUGGAAGGAGCAUCUGAAGCACGCGCCUCAAUGCGAGUUUGUCAAGCUGGGAUGUGCGGAAAAGGAUUUGACGGUCACACAAUUUCUAGAUAUACUGGGCACUGUGGUCAAGAGCAGCAUAGAGAAGAGUUGUAAAGCGUUCAAGAAGAGCUUUAUAAGGGAUAACGAGAACAGGCUGGAUGAGUUUACGCAUAAAAAUAAAUAAUAUUUGGAUUAACUGCGCGUAUAUUUAAUUUUAAAUUUUGUAUGUAGAAAUCACUUAAUAAAUCAGGUUGGCAGCCCUGAAGCACAAA